AACAGACUGCAGAAGACGACUCGGCACGAACGAGUCAAAAAGUAAGAAAACAAUAAUAGUACAAAUAACAUCAAAAUUAAAAUUAUUCAUGGCUUUGAAUACUAUGUUAUCUGUCUGUCGGCGAAAAUUUGACAUCGCCUCAACAUCCCGAAUCAAAAAAUUUGUGCUGGAGUACUCAACCAGAUCUUUGGUUGAAGUUGGAAAAUUGGAGAUACCUAAAAUUCAAGGAAAAUAUGAUGCUGGCCAACUUUUCCUUCAUCAUGUUUUUGGCUACAGAGGUGUAAUUCUUUUCCCCUGGUCAGCUAGAGUGUAUGAUCGAGAUAUUUUGGCAAACAAGAAAACUACAAAAACUCCUGAUACUGAUGUUAAUACCUCUAAUCAAGUUGGAAGAGAAGUAAAAGGGAAAAACCAUACUUACUAUCAGGUGCUCAUUGAUUCCCGCGACUGCCCUCAUAUUAGAGCACAAACAGAAGCGGUCACAUUUUUAGGUCAACAAGAAAAUAGCAAGUCGCUUUAUGCUAUUCCUGGUCUGGACUAUGCUGCUCACGAAGAUAUCUUGCCGUAUCGAACCACUGAGCACCAACCCUUAAGUCACGAGCUAUUUGACAAAUUUCUUAUGCCUGAUCCCGAUAAAGAUCCUCCGUUUGAAGCAAGAGAGACGUUGCGAGCGUGGCAAGAAAGAAAUCACCCUUGGCUGGAAUUAUCAGAUGUACACAAAGAAACGACAGAGAAUAUCCGUGUAACCGUUACUCCUUUUUACAUGGGAUGCCGAGAAUCCCAAAAUUCAACUGUCUUUUGGUGGCGUUACUGUAUCCGGCUCGAAAACUUGGGAGAACUGUCUGUACAAUUACGUGAACGGCACUGGCGUAUUUUCAGUCUUUCGGGUACCCUAGAAACGGUUCGAGGAAGAGGAGUAAUUGGACAGGAACCGGUCUUGUCACCCGAACAACCAGCGUUCCAGUAUAGCAGCCAUAUUUCACUACAAGCACCAUCAGGGCAUAUGUGGGGAACGUUUCGAAUGGAGAGAGAAGAUGGGCACACCUUUGACUGUCGCAUCCCUCCCUUUUCAUUGGAAAGCAAGAACGAGGAUAAUAGCUUGCCAACCGGCGUGGUUUAAUGGAGUCGUUCAUGAUAAUCAUGAAAUAUGAACAACAACAAACUUUGUACAUGAAAGACAACUGCUGGCUUUUUAGUUUUUUCUAAGGUUUUCAAAGAUCUUCGUUCUAGAAUAAUUCUAGGGCAUUUUUUUCGUUUUAGUGAUGCGGUCAAUAAUUCGUUCUCGUGGCAAUCAUUCGUCGUCGUCGAAGUCGACGUCCGCAGGGCACUAUAAGAAAUCAAUUAUUAGAGUGUAUAAGGGAGAGGACGGUUGUAAAACGUAAUUUGACGGAUAGAACUUGGAAAAAAAAAUGAACUUACGUAAAAAUCGAUGUAACAGUUGUGGUUGUCUUCUACCUUGAUCAUGAAUUGGAAACAUAUGAGCCCCGUAUCGUCGAUUCGUAGCGAAACCUUUUGCGCUAUUCCAAGGGGUUUGAUGGAUGGUUUCAUCAAGGAGAGCUUGUAUCUAAAGUCAGAAAUUGAGCUAAUACAUCGUGUACGCCUUA